AUGAAUCGCCGAAAAGAGGAGGAGGAGGAUGGCGAAGAGGAGGUUCCCGGAGGCCAGGCGGGCUCCAAGGGCCUGGCGGAGGAGGUGGAGGACUUCCACGAGGCGGAGUUCCAGGCGGUGAUGGCGGCACUGGAGAGCGGGGAAGAGGCCGGGGACAGCGAGGAGGAGGAGGAGGAAGAGGUGCUGGCGCUGCAGCUGCCCGAAGAGGACAGCGAGGAGGAGGACGACGAAGAGGAGGAUGGACCCGGUGAGGAGGAAGAAGAAGAGGAGGUGCGGGAGCUGGAUCUUUACAUGGACCACAGCGCAGAAGAGGAUGGAGAAGGUGAGGAGGAUGAGGAUGGAGAAGGUGAAGAGGAGGAGGAAGAUGAGGUUGAAGAUGAAGAUGGGGACCUGUCCAUGGAAAGCGACUUGGAGGAUCGCCGUCAGGACACCAAGCUCCCCCACGAGCUCUCCUGGGGCCAGCGCAAGCAGCUCUACUACGACACGGACUACGGGAGCGAUGCCCAGGCCAAGGGCAAGCGUGGCCAGCAAGAAGUCGAUGCUGAGGAGGAGGAAGAGGAGCAGGAGGCUCAGGUCAUCCAGAGGCGGUUGGUGCAGGACUUAGGGGAGGAUGAUUACGGGCUGGAUGUGAUCCAGGGCUACCUGGCUGAGCGGCAGAAAACCCACGAUAGCAAGGGGCAGAAGAUUGACAAAGAUUUGCAGGCCCUUUCCAAGAAGGAGCAGCUGAAGCUGCUGAGGCAGGAGUCCCCUGAGCUCCUGCAGCUGAUUGAGGACUUUGAAGUCAAGCUCAUGGAGCUGAAGGACGAGCUGCACCCGCUGCUGCAAAUGGUGAAAAACGGCACUAUCCCGCAAGGGAAAGGCAGCCGCUACUUGCAGACCAAGUAUCACCUCUACUUGAAUUACUGCGCCAACAUCAGCUUCUAUUUGGUUUUGAAGUCCAAGAGGAUGCCGGUUCAUAGUCACCCCAUUAUCGAACGGCUGGUUGCUUACAGAAAUAUAAUCAAUGACCUAGCUGUUAUAGACCAAAAGUUAUCCUCGCAAGUUCGUAUGCUUUUGAAAAACUACUAUGAUAAGAAGGAAGAUAAAUUACGGAAGGAGAAGAAGUUUGCGGUGUUUCUCCCACUGGAUGUUAAGAAAAACAAAGCAAAACGUGCUGCUGCGCUUGCCAACGGCCGGGCUGCUGCUGCUGGACCGUGGGGGGAGGCGGGGGAUGAAGAGGCUGCCCUAAAAUACUACAAGAUGAUGGAGGAGAAGUUGAAACUCAAGAGGAAGAGAACGGAAGACGAAGACACGCUCGAAGAAGAAGCGGUGUUGGAAGGAGAGGAUCCAAAUAAAAAGAGAGGUGUGACCUAUCAGAUGAUCAAGAACAAAGGCCUCACGCCCCGGAGGAAGAAGAUCGAUCGCAACCCCAGGGUCAAGCAUCGGGAGAAGUUUCGGCGAGCCAAGAUUCGCCGCAAGGGCCAGGUCCGUGAGGUUCGGAGGGAAUUGCACAGAUACGCCGGGGAACUGUCUGGCAUUCGCGCGGGAGUUAAGAAAAGCAGGAAGCUUCAAUGAGGCUUUUUAUUCUCUGUUGCUGAGAGCUGCAAGCAGCGCUACCGAAUCCAAUAAAAAUUUUA